GAGCAGCCCCAAAGUUUAAAAAGCCAAGGGAGCCUGUCUCUAUUUAGCAGAGGCACAGUCCAAGCCAGAAGAGAACCAGGAACUUAGAAACAUGUCUGGGAAGCCCAAGCUCAUCUACUUCAAUGGAAGAGGACGAAUGGAGCCGGUCCGAUGGCUGCUGGUGGCAGCCGGGGUGGAGUUUGAGGAAGUUUUUCUGGAUACAAGAGAGCAGUAUGUGAAGUUAAUCAAAGAUGGAUCCCUGAUGUUUCAGCAACUGCCACUGGUGGAGAUCGAUGGGAUGAAGAUGGUGCAGACCAGAGCCAUCCUCAGCUACAUAGCCGGGAAAUACAAUCUCUACGGGAAGGACUUGAAGGAGAGAGCCUUCAUUGACAUGUAUGUGGAGGGAAUAACAGAUCUGAUGCACAUGAUUAUGAUGUUUCCUUUCUCUCCACCUGAGGCAAAGGAGAAAAAUCUGGCCUUAAUUAUGGAGAGGGCAACACACAGGUAUUUCCCAGUCUUUGAAAAGACUUUGAAACAGCAUGGCCAAGACUUUCUUGUUGGCAACCGAGUCAGCUGGGCAGAUGUUCAGCUGAUAGAAGCCAUUUUAGCAGUGGAGGAGAAAAUCCCUGCUGUGCUGUUGGGGUUUGCCCAGUUGCAGGCUUUUAAAACAAGAAUGAGCAACAUGCCUGCAAUUAAGAAAUUUCUGCAGCCUGGCAGCCCAAGGAAACCUCCUCCAGAUGACCAUUAUGUAGCAACUGUGCUGAAAGUCUUGACGGACGAAUGGAGUCCACAUUAACCUCAGUAAGGCCCAAAAUAUUUUAAAAAGCCCUAAAGCAAGUAGGCAGCUCAGUAAAUUACUACUGUUACAGUUAAAACCAAUUGUAAAAAGAAUUAUAAAGUGAAAUAAAACAUACCGAUUAUUCUGGCAA